CUAGCAAGUCGCACUGCAGGCUAGCGCGGCUUGAGGAGAAAAAAGCCACACGGAUCGGUUGGCAGUCCGUGAUGAAGAAAAGAACUCGCGUUACAGGAGGAACAGUUGGUCGGAGAACGAUUCUACAACUCUCUCCUUCGGGGCCCCGCGGCGGGAAUGCCGGGGAGCGGGAAGAAGAGCCCUCGGGAUCUGAUGAUGAUCAGGAAGGAGAUGGGCAAAUAUUAGUAAGAGAGAAACAAUCUAACAUGAAGCCUCCUGCAGUGAAAGCCACUGAGGGUCUGUCUUUGCUCGGAGCCUAUGAAGAUAGCGAUGAAGAGGAUGCAGAGUCUCGAUCAGUUACUGUGACCCCUCAGCUCAAUCGCUCCACUGAUAUUGACAGCACAUUAGCUAAUUUCAUGGCUGAAAUUGAUGCUAUCACCACUCAGCCAAGUUCAGAUGAUGCAACGGGUGAGCCUUCAGUCUCGGCGAGUGUCCCACCAAAACCAGAUGCUAAUGCUCAGCAGCAAGGUGCCAGUGUCGGACCAAGUGCACAGUUUGAGUUCAACACUCAGUACUCCUUAGCUGGAGUGAAUGUGGAAAUGGGGGACUGGCAAGAAGUAUGGGAUGAUAACUCUGGCUGCUAUUAUUACUGGAACACUGUGAGCAAUGAGGUCUCCUGGGAACUGCCUGACUAUUUAGCUAAUCAAGUGCAGAGCCUUGCUCAGUAUACAAACAGUGUAAAUGGCAAUGGUACAUCCAAUACACCUUACUACACUGGGGAAAACACCUCUGCGGAAGCGCCAACAUCUACUAAAGACACUAAAGUCAAGGAGGUAAUGGAGAGUGUUGUUGGCCUCACAAGCAAAGAAGAGGAGCACUGUGGAGUGGCUGCAUCUCUGCUUGGCCCAUUGAUCCCCACAGAGGUGAAAGAUGCAGAGGAGAAAUGGAGAAAAAGAAUCCUUAAAGGUUUAGAUGAGAACGAGACUAGUUUGGAUUCUGAUGGAGAGGGUGUUCAUCCCCCUGGAUCGCCCUGUACCCCUUUACAUGAACUGGAAGCCAUCCAAACUGUGGAUAAAGAUUUGGCUGCAAAGAAGCCGUCAGAGGAGAACUCGGACACGGAAGGGGGACCAGAAGAAGACACAAUUGAACUAGAACUGGCCUUAGAGAGAAAAAGGGCUGAGCUCCAGGCACUAGAAGAUGGGGAUGGAAGUGGAGGGGGCUCCAGCCCUUGUUCUGAGACAAGCCAAGAGGCUGCACUUAAGAAAAAACGUUGGAAGGCCGUCUUUCCCAGUGCUCCCAGUCCUGAUUCAAACAGUCGGAGCUCAGACCUUCAGGACAACACACAGACCGAAACUACUGACGUACUGGAAAGUGUUGCAGCAGAAGAAGACAGAGAAACGGAGGACUCAGAGCAGAAACUAGAUUCCAAAGCUCCACUAAAAGAAGAGGUAGAGACACCUGAGCUCAAGUUUCAGAUUGGAGAACUUGCUAACAUAUUAACCAGCAAAAUGGAGUUCCUGGGCAUAAACAAAAAAGCUGUCUCAAACUUUCAGUUGCUUCUGCUGCAAACCGAGACACGGAUCGCUGACUGGAGGGAGGGCGCACUGAAUGGGGUCUAUCUUCGCCGCAGGCUGCAGGAAGCUGCCGAACACAUAAAAUAUUAUGAACUUAACGCCACCCCUAAAGGCUGGUCCUGCCACUGGGACAGAGAGCACAGGCGGUAUUUUUAUGUCAACGACCUGACGAAUGCUUCCCAGUGGGAGUUCCCGACAGAAGAGGCAAAAGGGGAUGACCCGAAAGGAAACCACACUAGUCCGGAUGAUAACAAGGCAUCUGCACCCAAUGGUGGAAUCACAGGGCCACCUGUUAGUGCCCCUGCUAACCCACCAACAUCCCCUCCCUCCAAUGCAUCUUCAUCGUGGUCUCUACCCCAACCCCCACCUCCUGAGAACCCACCUCCACCUCCUGAAGACCCACCUCUUCCGCCGCUGCCCCCUGAUUCACCGCCUCCUCCGCCACCUCCCCCUGACAGUGAUAGUGAGAUCAUGGAGGUGGAAAUGGAGAUGGACGAUGAUAAUGAUUUAGAGCCUCCUGCCCCGGGAACUGAGGAUGGGUGGUCUACUUCGGCCAUUGCAGGGAUUCAGGUUUUAGAAUCUUCAGCACCACUAGGAAAGGGUCAGAAACGCAAAGCAGGUCAGCUGAACAAAGCCAUAAUUGGAAGCAGUCCUAUUCUGUACACACAGUCUAUCGCUACCGCAGCUACGGUCAUGACUGCACCAGUCUACUGGGCUGUGCCAGCCGUCACUGCACCCAUGAUCCCCUGUGAACCGCCCCUCCCGCCUACUCCGGCUCUGCCCCCACAACCGCCUCUGCCACCUCCCCAGCCACCCUUUGAACUCCCAGCAGCACCCAAAGUGGCCCCUGUAGAAAAGAUCAAGAAACCCAAAAAGGAUAAGAAGACCAAGACCAAAAUGCCCUCCCUGGUGAAGAAGUGGCAAAGUAUCCAGAAAGAAUUGGAAGAAGAGGAGAAGAGCAGCUCCAGUGAUGAGGACAGAGACCAGCUCAACAAGAAAAGUAUAGAAGACUGGAAGCACCAGCAGCUUAUGACAGGAAAAGCUUCGAAGAAUGCCAACUUUGAGGCACUUCCUCAAGAUUGGCGAGAUCGAGCGAAGAAAAGGAAGUUGAAGAGCUGACCGGAACAACGUUGAUGGUGUAUUUUCACAUAAUGUCAUCAUGUAACUGAUUCUCCCAAACAUACGUUUGGUUGUUAAUUUGUGGGCCUAUCCAUUCUCUGGACUCUCGAUGGAGACACCAGCAGUCCUUGCACAGGCUCGGAACGUCCAUUUAGGGCCGCCCCUCCUUAUACGCAGAUCAUGCGCAGUGUGUAAGGCCCCACAAUCUGUGGGCGGCUCUAAUUUGCGUAAAAAACACAUAAAAUGUCAAUAAUUCAAAUACAAUUCUGCUUAUGGCCCCAAUUUAGCGAGGAGCGGUCAUGCGUCUAUUUCCUUUGUUUUACACAGUAAGGUGAACGUGCCAAACAUUUUCAGUUUAUAAAGACCUUGUAUAAAACAAGUUUAGAUGGCAACUUUUUGUGUGAAGGAUUCAUCUGUUUUAGCAUUUAUACAGCUAUGUACAUAACAUGUAUAUUGCUAUAAGCCAUGUUUUGGAAAGAUGUUUCUGAAUGUGUACAUUUUGUAAAGCUAUUAAACUGUUUUUCCAA